GUUGCUGGCACCCUAUUCCAUUGACCGAACUGUUGAGGUCAAAACUACUGCACUACUAUACCCAAGCUGCAAACUGUCACGUGAUCACAGUCCGAAUGUGUAAAUGAAGCCGCCAGUCACAGUGUGAUAUCAAAGGAACGUGUCCAAAACCCGCAAGACCCCACUUUUCUAGAGUGAAAAUGUCAAAGAAGACUUCAAAUAAAGUUUUUGCAACUAAACGGCGUCCAUGAUCCUCUGCUCCUGACUCAGAACCACGUUACCCAUGAUCCUCUGCUCCUGGCUGCCUCAGAACCACGUUACCCAUGGCUCUGAGCCAGCCAGGAGCAGAGGAUGAUGGGUAACGUGGUUCUGAGCUGGCCAGGAGCAGGGAAUCAUGGGUAACGGUCUGAGGCAGCCAGGUUUCAGCCACUGGCUUGACAGGGAAAACCACUUGUUCAUGCUGGAGGCGACCGGCUAUGCCCUGCUGGCUCUGGUCAAGUGGGGACGAAUGGAGGAAGCUGCUGCACCCUUCAAAUGGCUGAACAGCCAGAGAAGAAGAGGAGGAGGCUUCGGCUCCACUCAGCCCACCAUGGUGGGUGGUGGUCUCUGCGUCAAACACCUGGUCAGAGUACCUGAUACACAAACCACGUCAGACGUUCCUGCAGAAACCCUCAGAGCCCAGAGGGAUUCUUACCGAUGCUCAGGAGAUGGACGAGGAGAGGAAACGUUGUCCGUCCUCCAGACGGAUCUGAAGACCCGACCGGCCUCUGGGGCGGCGUUUGGUGAAGUUAUCUCUGGAGGCUGCUGGAGGAUAAAUGUGGAGAUCUGCAGAUACAAGCCAAGAAGAUGA